AUGGGCGUGGAUCUGUUCCUGCUGGCCGUGGUGAUCAUCAUCGCAGUAGCGCUGCUCAUCUGCAACGUCUACAUUCUGGUCUACUUCCAGCACGACGACGACAAGAACACCGCCUACUUUCCGAAAGCGCUCGUGGUCUUCGGGCUGUUCUUCGCAGAGGCGACGGUACUGCUGCUGCCGCUGGAUGUGGCCAACAACUCGACGGCCAUCGGCUGCGCCGAGGGCUGGAACACAGCGUGCGGCAACAUCAACAUGGAUCUGCUGUGGCUGAUGGUGUUCUUGUCCAUCGUGAUCUUUCUGGUGGUGCUGCUGCCGUUCGCGAUCUACUACUACGAGGCCGACGACGGAGAGGACAACCCGAAGAAGAGUCAGUGGGGUGAGGCGAUCAAGAUGGAGGUCGGCACGGUGGUCGUCGCCGCGGCGUUGAUCACGGUUCUCUACAUCACAAGCGCCGAGAGCAACGUCCCAAUGCGCGCGUUGGAGGUGAACUCCAUGUCUGCCACUGCGGGCUUUCACGCUUACGUCGACGGCACGACACUAUCCACCGACGUCGUCGAUGCAGCCAGCAAUGUCACGGUGCAGCACAUUACACUGACCGUGGACGUCUCACUGCCGGUGUACGUUACGGGUCUCACGAGCUUUGUCGGCUGGUUCGGCUUCUCGAUUUUCUGCGGCGUUGGACUUAUUGCGCUGCCCAUGGACUUGAUCCUUGCUUUCUUCCAUCGCCCGAAGUUUAUCAGUGCUGACGUCUACGCGAUCCAGAAGCUGAUUCUUCAGCGCCGCUCAACGGAGCUCCUCGAGAUCGGCCGAUCCAUCAAGCAGAGCAUGGAUCGCCCCGGUCACGGACAGAGCUCGUGGGAACGCAAGAAACAGCGGCGGCUGGACUUCGUGACGCUUAACAAGUUCAAGCAGUCGGUCUACUUGCUCGAGGGCGACGUCGUUGACCUGAAACUUUGUCACGAGGAAUACCGGAACUUCAACCCGUUGAAGCCGAUUUUCAAGCUGCUCCUGGGAUGCAUUGCGAGCGUCAUCAGCUGCAUGUGGUUCUUCCACAUCGCCCUCUACAUGCUGCCGAACACGCCGCUGCUGCCGUUCCUCAACACGUACUUCAUUUGGUUUGACCGCUGGUUCCCGCUCUUCGGCACCAUUUCGGUCGGCAUUUUCAGCUCGUACCUGCUCGCUUGUGCGGUCAAAGGCUGUUUCAAGUUCGGGAUGCGUUGCUUCUGCAUCGCGCUGCACCCAAUGAAGCUCCACGGGACGUACAUGAACUCGCUGGUCUUCAAUCUUGGUCUGGUGCUGCUCUGUGCGAUUCCAGCGGUGCAGUUCUGCGACCAAGCUUUCGCAGACUACGACCGUCUAACGGCCUUGCGAACGCUCCUGGGAGUGCAGAUCCACUACUUGAAAGGCAUGCGCACGGUCUGGGACUACAACAUCUUCAUCUACGCCAUCAUCAUUAUCAGUUCUAUCACAGCAGGCAUCCUGAUGGCGAAACCUCGAGACCGCGCCUCCCCCGUUGACGACAUCCGCAAGAGAAUCGAGCGUCAGGUCCGCGAUACUGCGGCAGCCAACUCUGUUUAG